AUGUCCACUAACUCCUCUCUCUGGUCCUACGUCCCCUUCAGUAGUGGUCAGACUUCACAACCCCGCCGCCGCUCCUCCCUUCCCAAGCACAACAAAUCGACGAGCGCCUCUGCGGCCCCUUGGGAUCCCUUCAAGACCGACCGCGGCGCUCCGCGAUCUAGCACGCUGGAGAACAUAAAGGCCGCCUGGAUGACCCAGUCGCGGCAGGCCCGCUACCUCAAGGCUGGCGGCAUCCUGUCAUUAAUUGUACUCCUAUACUGGUUUCUUGCGAGUCCCUCAUCGGUAGGGAACGUCGGCGGGAACAUCUACUCGCCGGAAAACAGCCCAACGACACGAUGUACACGGCCACACGAUGCUCAGAAGCCACUGGUGCAGUAUGCUAUCAUGAUUGAUGCAGGGUCAACCGGGAGUCGCAUUCAUGUGUACAAAUUCAAUAACUGUGGGCCAACACCUGAGCUGGAGAAUGAGGAGUUCAAGAUGACGGAGAAGAAGUCUGGCGGGUCUGGGCUUUCAAGCUAUGGCGAAAAUGCAUUGGAGGCGGCUGUAUCGCUGGACCCGUUGAUGCAGGUUGCCUUGGACACGGUGCCUGACGCGUACAAGUCAUGUACACCAGUCGCCGUGAAGGCCACCGCAGGUCUGAGAUUACUGGGCCACAAAUUAAGCACUGACAUCCUAUCCGCCGUUCGAUCAAGACUCGAGAAGCACUUUCCAUUCCCUGUUGUAUCCGAGGAGAAAGGCGGCGUGUCCAUCAUGUCUGGCGACGACGAGGGUGUGUAUGCCUGGAUCACCACCAACUACCUCUUGGGCAAGAUCGGCGGCCCAGACAACACGCCCACAGCUGCCAUCUUUGACUUGGGUGGCGGCAGCACUCAAAUCGUCUUUCAGCCUACUUUUCCCGGAAGUAGCACCGGUGGCAUGCCCGAGAAGAUGGCGGAGGGUGACCACAAAUAUAAGCUCAGCUUCGGUGGACGCGACUUCGAGCUAUACCAGCACUCGCACCUUGGCUAUGGCUUGAUGGCGGCGAGAGACGCCCUUCAUACCUUGGUGGUUGACAUGGCUAAGAUUGACACGAUCGCCGAGCUGACAUCGAGCGCGAUUUCGAAUCCUUGCAUCACCCCGGGCGAGAAGAAAACCAUCGAAGUCAAGUUCCCUGAAGGACAUGCCUUUGCUGGCAAGCACGAAGUUACCAUGGAGGGACCUGCCGAUGCUAUCCCCGCACAAUGCCGCGCUUUGACCGAGGAGAUCCUCCACAAAGAAGCCAAGUGCGACCUGGCUCCAUGCUCCUUCAACGGUGUGCAUCAGCCAUCCCUUGGCAAGACGUUUUCGCGAGAGGAUGUCUAUAUCUUCAGUUAUUUCUACGACCGAACGCGGGUUCUGGGAAUGCCCGAGUCUUUUACGGUGCGCGAGCUCCACGAUUUGACAGCAAAAGUCUGCGGUGGGCCCAAGCACUGGACUGCGUUUGAGAGCAUCCAAGGCGCGAUUGAAGAAUUGAGAGACCGGCCGGAGAGUUGUUUAGACAUGAAUUUUAUGACUGCGUUGUUGCAUACCGGGUAUGAAAUGCCUCUGGAUCGCGAGGUCAAGAUCGCGAAGAAAAUCAAGGGCAAUGAACUCGGCUGGUGUCUGGGAGCGAGCUUGCCGUUACUGGAGGCAGGCAGCGGGUGGGAGUGCAAGGUUAGGGAGGUUGGCUCAUAG